AUGUCCAUUGGCCGCUCGAAAACCAUACGAGAAGCAAUCCUCCCCCCCCCCCUCUGCCUGAAAAAAAAAGCAAGUUUCCCAAGCGAACAAGAGCAGCGAAGUCAAACCGCGGGUCGCUAUCAACACCCAGGCUCUUAA